AUGUUUCGGAACCGAGCGCGAGGUGGUCCGAGGGACAAUGGCCAGAUGGAGGAGGUGAAUAUGUGGAAUAAGAUCGUUGCGGACCUGACCAAAGCGAAGGAGAAGAAUGACAGACAGGCGGUCCUAAGUCAGCAAAUAGGGGCUUUGAACGAGAAGAUCGCGAAGAACGGGAACAAUCCGAGCCUAGAUGAGAUUGAGCGGCUCGACGGGUGGCACCGCGAGAUGAUGAAACUUGCGGAAGAGGAGAAAGACAUACUCCGAAACGAGCCAGCAGAUGUUAUCAAGAAUGUUGAAAUUCUAAUGGCGCUUCGUUCGGCGUCCGAGGCGGAUCCCCAGAGUCGUGCGGCAUCAGGAAAGCCUCGAAAGAGGAAAACUGAUCUCGAUGGCGGUGUUCCAGACUCACCAGGACCGAGCACCGCGCCAGUCUCUGAAAAGUUGAACCGCCUGAAAAGUAGCGGUCAACGAAGUGCAAGCGUUUCCAGUGCACAGACUCGUGAAUCCGCCAAGGCUGAUGAAGGCUCUGAAGGGAUCAAAGGGACUAAAGGCACCGCUUCUGAGAAAAACGGACCGUUCGUCAUCGGCGCGGAGGUGGUGUUCAAGCAUAACAAGAAGCAACAAGGUAUUGAAGGUGAGGGUAUUCAAUGCAUUAUCAAGAAUAUUACUGGAGAAGGACACAAGAAGCGCUACGACGUACAAGAUCCAGAGCCGAUUGAAAAUGGUGAAGAGGGUGCAGUUUAUCGAACCACUGCUGCCUCUCUCAUCCCGAUUCCCCAGAUCGGGGCAUCACUUCCUGUGUUCCCUCCCGGAAAACAUGUUCUCGCGCGGUAUCCCGAUACAACCACCUUCUAUCGAGCUGAAGUUAUGGGCACCAAAAAGGACGUUUACCGGCUAAAGUUUGAAGGUGAGGAGGAUGAUAAGGAAAUGGACGUUGAUCGCCGCUUCGUCCUUGACAUUCCUGGGAAAUGA